CAUCACCCACAUUUGAUCAAGCCAACUUGUGAAGCUUUCCAAGAAUGGAAUCCGGCGGCCGCGGCUCCUGUGCAGUAUCCUCAAGCUCAACAGUUCCCAUUUCUUUUUCCGCAGUCCGAAUGGUCUUACCCGACCCAUUUACAAUUGCAACAGCCGACAAUGCUUCAACAACACGAGAUGAAGGUCGCUAACGCUCCUACCAACUCUCGUACUCCUCAAUUUUUAGUUGCGGUACGUUCUAGAACGCUACCUAAAAGGUUGCAACUUCAGGUUGACACCGAACGACCCGAGGUGAUCCAGAGGCUUCCUCAUCCAUGGCCAUAUCCAUUCCCGAACGAGGAUGCAGCCCAUUCUCAACUGUCCGACGAUUCAGAACCAGGAUGUCCUGACGACUUGGAAGCAUUUGCCAAGCAAUUCAAGCAACGGAGGAUAAAACUAGGUUACACUCAAGCGGACGUCGGUUUGGCAUUGGGAACCUUGUAUGGGAAUGUGUUUUCUCAGACGACGAUUUGUCGAUUCGAAGCGCUCCAAUUGUCGUUCAAGGUUGAUUUCGUCGUCAAUUGUUUGUUGCCAUUCCAAUAUGUGCAAACUGAAGCCAUUGUUGUUCAAAUGGUUGGAGGAGGCCGAUUCCACCUCUGCAAGUCCCAACUCGGUGAGUUCCUUACGAUCUCUGGGGAAGUGAAUGUGAAAUCCCGCUUAGAAUAUCACUUUCAAAAGAAUCACAAACCAAACGCCCAGGAGAUACUGCAAGUGGCCAACGAGCUCGGUCUCGACAAGGAGGUGGUUCGUGUUUGGUUUUGCAAUCGACGGCAAAAGGAAAAGCGAAUGACGCCACAAUUCGAUCAACAAAUGAUGAUUACUAGCCCGUAUCCACCGUCAGAUAUCUUCUACCCCAGUGGUCUACCUAUCAAUCCCUCCCAUCAGUCCAGACCUCCAUCGCUGCGUUAA